CAAAGUCAUCUCAACAUAUAUUAUCCUGCGAAAAUAUCCAGAAUAAAAGGCCCGAUAGGCCAGAUUUGCCAUAUUCUGAGGGCAAGGAUGAAGUGUGCCGUCAGGUUUCUUGCGAUGCUCAACCGAACUCAAUGUUGGUCACUUCAAGCGGGUACAAUGAGAUCAUCGAUGACUGCUUCCCAUUGAGUCCCAGCAAGGUGGACUAUGCUGCCCUUGAAGCUGCGUGUGACGCCAUUUUGGCUUCCGAAUCGAACUUCUUCGAACCUCUUCAGAAAAAUAUCAGAGGAAUUUCCACUUCAAGUUUCGAGCCUGGAGUUCAAAUACGGAGGCCGGAGAGUGCUCUGGAAAGAAAGCCUUCAGCCAGGGAUACACAUGAAGACACGCAAGGCUACGCAACUGACGAUCGGACAAGUUACUACUUGUCCAGCCAUCCAGGGGAUAGGUCGGCGAAAGCUCCGGCAAGCGAUGCGGUGAGAGAUGAGCCUCUCUCAAGGUACAUUACGACAAUCUACAACGGCGGUCUGUUCACUGAGAAUGAGAUGAUGCAAACUCGGGCUGGGUUUACCACCCAUGCAGAAGGCUGCUUGGAAUGCAGACUGCGACAAGGCCCUGGCUCGCAUUGCGAGCCCACAAACCUCCAAAUUGAUAUCAGCGGUGAUCUGGAAGGAUUUUGGCAGCGAAGGAUGUUGUAUUGACGGUGUGCUAUAUUUUGUCAGCUCUUACUCCACAAGUAUCUUGUAUUGGUAUUUUGAUGGGAUGGCUUUGCAUUUAUUGAAGCCAAGCUCGGUUAUAUUUGGAAGUGAGAAUGCUUUGCCACGAUUAUUUGAGGAGAUGAGAGUAUCAUGUAUGUAUUCCUAGUUUCUGGGAAUGAUCAAGAUCAACUGUAGAUUAACAUGACCAAGAAAACGAAAUAAGAUGAAGGGGGGGAAGGUACAUCAGAG